AUGUAUUUGAAUAAACUUUUUCCUUUGGCGAUUUGGACCAUAUUAAUGGUCUCCUUCUCGGAAGCUAGUUUUAACUUGAAUGACCUUAAUAAAAGAAAUAAAAAAUCGUGUCGUAAUGCUUUGCUCUCGGCUACCUUUGAAAUGGAUAUUAAAGGUCAGAUGUCAUUUUAUCAAGACCAAGAAGGUGAUAUAUGGUUGACUGGUACUUAUCAAUCGGGAUUUCAAAAACCAGGUAGCUGGGAUUAUUGUUGGACAAUUCAGAAUGGUUGUGGAGAUAUUAUUUAUAAUGUCACUGAACAAUUAUACAUGGAGUAUACAAAAGGUUAUGGGUGUAAUGGUUAUGAUGAUUCAAAAUCAAGUUAUAAAAAGAGAGGUGGUUAUCUUGAUGCGAGACAUAAUGAAAAAUGUGAAGCUGGGGAAUGGGGUACUAAGCCUUGGGUGGUUAAAGUGAGUGAUUUAUCGUGGGAUUGUGGCGAAAAAGAUGGUUUCAAAUAUCAAACUUGUAAGGGUAAAGAUAUUUAUAAAGAUAUGGUGGUUGAUUAUGAUAAAGAAAAACUUCCAAAACGGCUUAGUGAUCAGGGACGUACAAGCGGACUCUAUUUAGUUAUUGAUGGUCAAAGUAAAUGGGGAAAACGUACUUCUAUUACUUCACCCGCUGCGAUUAAUGUUAAUAAUGAAGCAACAGCUGAGCCACUAACAACUCCUGCAGCAGGAACAACUGUUCAACCAGUAACAACUCCUUCUCCUGCAGCCACCACACCAUCAACCACAACCUAA